AACAUGGAAGUUCGCCAUAUCCAGGACAAAGGCUGCGGCGUGGUUGCAAAGCGUCAUUUCCUCCCGGGCGAACCUCUUCUUGUCGCUAACCCUUUCUUCCUGGUCGACGAGAGGGUCCUCGGGAUUACUCCCGUCGACGUCCGGAACGAGAUCAUCAUGCUCGCCCUCUCGAAGCUCCCUUUGCGAACUCGGGGAACUCUCGAUGAGUGUGUGGCAAAAAGAGCGGCCGAAGCUGGCGGUAGCCGCGAAGUCGAUAUUAUAUUGACAAAUGCAUAUUGCAUUCCAGCGACAAGUGGGACUCCGUGCUACUUUGCUCUGUACCCACUCUCGUCGUUCUUCAACCACGACUGUCGACCCAAUGUAACCUAUUACAUUAACAAAGGCUGGGCCUUCAAUGCGUCGACAAAUCGCGAUAUUGGCAUCGGUGAGGAGCUUUGCGUUUCAUACGUGAGCCUGUGGGAGCCAAGCUGGAUUCGUCGGACAACCAUUCGAUCAUGGGGGUUCCGUUGCCAGUGCAAGCUUUGCGGCCUCCCCAAAGAACUGGAAAGGAGAUCAGAUAACCGACUGGCCAGGAUUCGCGAGCUUUGGUAUCGACUCGAGUCUUGGAAGGAUGUUAUC